CGUCUACAGCAGUGCACAGAAUACGUGUCAGUCUGUCGGUGUUUGGUCGAAUCGCGGAAUCACAAUAAUACCAAGCGAGGGGACGUGUUUCCUAGUGUACGAGGUCGAAGCACCCAACUCACUCUACUUGGGUCGCCGUACUACUGCGCGGCGCUGUACCCAGGGUCCGGGGGCGGCGGCCACACGCCCACGGUCACGGUGGACGCCGGCAUGAGCCUGGCCCUCGCCUCUCUCAUGCCGCCGUCGCUGCCGCUGCUGCCACACGCCGCCGCCGCCGCUGCCGCCGCCGCCUUCCUGCCUUACCAGCAGGCCGCCGCAGUGUGUCCUGCCGGUCCCAGCGGCCUGCCCCGCCACCUGCACGGCCCCUCCCGAGCCCCGCGGCCCUCCGCCUUCACCGUGGAGGAGCUGCUCAAGGACAAGCGGUCCUCCUCGCCCGUGCAGGACACGGACGUGCCGGCCAUCGUGUCCAGCCUGUACGGCCCCGCGCCCAUGGCCUUCCCCCCGCCCCACACCGCCCACUUCUCCCUCCCCCUCCCCUGCCUCCCCCCGCACCUCCGGCCCCCUGCCCCCCGCAACACCCGCUCGCCCCCCCUGCCUCCAGACCCCCCCAGGCGCCCCCCCGCCCCGUCCCCCCCCGUCAGGCCGCCCUACCACCGACACCUCGCCCCAGCCAACCCAGCCACCUCCCCGGCGGACUCCCCGAGGGCCCCGCGCCCCUCCAGCCCCAAGAUGAUCAUUCGCCGCCCCUCCUCCCCCUCCCCCGCCCUGCCCCACCGCACAGGCAGGGUCAAGCGUUUAUCCGCCACAAAGGUCAGGAUAAUUACACCGAGCUCACCUCACUUCCAGCGCGGGUCACAGUAA